GGAAGCCAACUCAGUGCACGUGGCCGGGCGGGGAGGAGCGACCAGCGUAGCCGCCGGUAGCUGCAGUAUGGCGCCCCCGUCCCCGGUCGCCAAUCCCAGGGUCUUCUUCGAUGUGGACAUCGGAGGCGAACGCGUUGGUCGAAUUGUCUUAGAAUUGUUUGCAGAUGUUGUGCCCAAAACUACUGAAAAUUUCCGUGCACUAUGUACAGGAGAAAAAGGGAUAGGGCCUACCACUGGAAAGCCUCUUCAUUAUAAAGGAUGCCCUUUCCAUAGAAUUAUUAAGAAAUUCAUGAUCCAGGGUGGAGACUUCUCAAAUCAAAAUGGCACAGGUGGAGAAAGUAUAUAUGGAGAAAAAUUCGAAGAUGAAAACUUUCAUUAUAAGCAUGAUCGGGCAGGGCUGCUGAGCAUGGCAAAUGCAGGACCCAAUACAAAUGGCUCUCAGUUCUUUAUCACAACGGUGCCAACUCCUCACCUGGAUGGGAAACAUGUGGUGUUCGGCCAGGUGGUCAAAGGGAUGGGUGUGGCUAAAAUAUUAGAAAAUGUUGAAGUGAAUGGAGAAAAACCUGCACAGUUGUGCAUUAUUGCAGAAUGUGGAGAGCUGAAGGAAGGCGAUAACUGGGGAAUUUCCCCAAUGGAUGGCUCUGGAGAUACUCACCCAGAUUUCCCUGAAGAUUCAGAUGUAGAUUUAAAAGAUGUUGACAAGAUUGUGUCUAUAGCAGAAGACAUAAAGAAUAUAGGAAAUACUUUCUUCAAAUCACAGAACUGGGCAAUGGCAACUAAAAAGUACAUUAAGGGCUUAAGGCUGACUUCCUUACCUCAUCUGAUUAUGCUUCCACCUUGCCUUUGUCAGCUGCAUUAUCCCAGAAGAUCUCAACUAUCUUUAUGGUAUGUGGAGGCUUCUAAAGCCAUAUUGGAGGAGUCAGAUACAGCAAAGUUGAAUCCUGCUGCCUUGACCUGCCUUUUAAAUAUUGCUGCUUGUAAACUGAAGGUAUCAGACUGGCAGGGAGCUAUUGAAAGUUGUUGUGAGGCACUUGCACUAGAUCCAGCAAACACCAAAGCACUUUACAGGCGGGCUCAAGGCUGGGAGGGAAUAAGAGAUUUUGAUCAGGCACUGGCUGAUCUUAAGAAGGCUCAAGAGAUAACACCUGAAGAUAAAGCUAUCCAAACUGAAGCACUCAAGGUGAAACAGAAGAUAAAGGCCCAAAAAGAAAAGGAAAAAGCAGCUUAUGCUAAAAUGUUUGCUUGAGUGAAGGUUUUUCCUGUUAAAGUUUAAGCACUGAAUGACUAACUUGUACAAUAGGAGUGUUUACAGAGGUGGUAGAGGCAAGUGUUACUUCUGUUAUCUGCCCCAUACUGCAAUCAGUUGAUUAUGUCCACUGUUUACUAUUUAAAUUGGGGUUUCAUAAUAAAGGUAGAAGUUAAAAUGUU